GUUCAUCUUACUCUUUUGUUGUUUAAAUUUUCUUCAUUUUUCUUCAUCCCAUCAUAUUUUUUUUUCAACAAAUAGUAGAUCGAAUCCAUGGUGGGGUUUUCUGGGAAUAGAAAUUGUGGGUUGUACUUUCCCUGGAACUGGUUUUAAAACAUGUUUGUUCAAUAUAGGAUUCAGUUCGACACUACUGUUCCUCUUUCUUCUCCAAAUUCAUCGGAAUUCACUGUUCAAAUUAGGCCUCUUUGUAGAAUCUGCUUUGUUCUAUUUUAAUGAUUUGUGAUUAUUAAAGCAGGAAAUUUCUCUCUCUAGGGUUCUUGUUUUGGGGGAAGGGAAUGCAUUAUGUAGGUUUUUAAUGAGUGAGCUGAAACUCGUGUUUGAAAACAUGGAAAUUUAAGAUCAUUGUGGAAGGUUCUGGGUGAUGGCUGUAAGUGCUGAGGGAGAGACUAUGGCUGUGGAUGCUGCACCAAGGAGGCCCCGAAUUCUGCUUGCUGCUAGUGGGAGUGUUGCUGCUGUCAAAUUUGCAAAUCUGUGUCAUUGUUUCUCUGAAUGGGCAGAUGUAAGAGCAGUUGCCACAAAUGCAUCUUUGCAUUUCAUUGAUAGAGCUUCAAUGCCAAAGGAUGUAACUUUAUACACUGAUGACAAUGAAUGGUCUAGUUGGAUGAAACUUGGUGAUAAUGUGCUUCACAUUGAGCUCCGCAAAUGGGCUGAUAUCAUGGUCAUUGCUCCAUUAUCAGCAAACACCCUUGGCAAGAUUGCUGGAGGGUUGUGUGACAAUCUACUGACAUGCAUUGUGCGAGCCUGGGACUACAGCAAGCCAUUUUUUGUUGCACCAGCCAUGAACACUCUUAUGUGGAACAAUCCUUUCACCGAGCGGCAUCUCAUCGCCAUUGAUGAGCUUGGAAUUUCUCUCAUCCCACCUGUUACAAAGAGGUUAGCUUGUGGAGAUUAUGGCAAUGGUGCCAUGGCUGAACCCUCUACCAUUUACUCAACUGUAAGGCUCUUCUAUGAGUCAAAGGCUCAGCAAGGAUCGGAGUUCGAAACACAUGAUUGGCAGAAGAUGUGAGUCUCAUGGCCUAUAUCAUCUCAGUCCUUCUCCACAUGUUGGCGUAAUCAUGGAGUCACCAUCCCUUCUUCAUGCUCAGUUAGGUUAUCUCAGUCUUGCCAAACUGCAACAACUUGUUCCGAGUCUGUCGAAAUUAUUAAGUUUGUCGUGUGAGUUUUGUCAGUUAGGUAAACAUACUCGUAGUUCCUUUCCUCGUAGUGUUUCACAACGAGCGUAAUCCCCAUUUUCAUUGGUUCAUUCUGAUAUUUGGGGACCUAGUCAUGUUAAGUCAACUUUAGGAUUUCAGUAUUUU